UCUACCAAAAAAUAAGUAGAAGAAGAAGAAGAAGAAGAAGAAGAGAAAAAAAAGAAAAAAAAAACAAGAAAAGAGUAUUCUUUGUAGUAUUAGUUUUGUUAAAACAGUGUCCUAUGGAGCGUCUGGCAUCUUUUGGAAAUGAUCCUUUUGAUAAGCCACCAUGCAGAGGUUGCUCAUCUUAUCUAACUGAGCCUUACAUCAAGUGUGCAGAAUGUGGACCCUCGCCUUUUUUACUCUGCCUCCAGGUAUAUGUACCAUUUUUCUCCUGCAGGCAGGAUGUGGCAUAUCAGAUGCGCACUAAAACCAAAGAGGAAUGCGAGAGCCACUAUAUGAAGAAUUUCAUCAAUAACCCGCUCUUCUCCUCCACCUUACUCAGCCUCCGAAAAACAAAAGACUCUCGCUUUGCAGAGGGAGCUAUUCCUUUUAAACCCACUGACGAUCCCCCUCGGCCCACAUUUGACUCUGUGCUGUCUCGAGAUAUGGCUGGAUACAUGCCUGCCAGAGCGGACUUUAUGGAGGAGUUUGACAACUAUGCAGAGUGGGAUUUGAAAGACAUCGACUUUGUGGAUGAUGAUUCGGACAUCCUACGUGCACUCAAGCUUUCAGUUGUUGAUAUAUAUCAUUCAAGACUAAAAGAGAGACAGCGGAGGAAAAAGGUAAUCCGAGACCACGGACUGAUCAACCUGCGGAAAUUCCAGAUGCUGGAGCGAUGUUACCCAAAGGAGGUGCAGGAGCUAUAUGAUGUCAUGAGACGGUUUGCCAGAGUGGUUGGGCCGAUUGAACAUGACAAAUUCAUCGAAAGUCAUGCACUAGAGUUUGAUCUGAGGAGAGAGAUCCGCAGGCUGCAGGAGUACAGAAAAGCAGGGAUCAAGUCUUUCUGCAGUGCCAAGGUGUAUGAGCGGGUGAAGCGGAUGCGGGAGGAGGAGCGGAGGAAGCGGACCAUGUUGUGUGACGUGCUGCAGUACAUCCAGGAUGGCAGAGCCUGCCAGCAGUGGCUCAGCAAACAGGCUGCAAUAGAUGCUGGCAUCACUCCAGCUGUCACAACAAUCACAGUGUCAGCGACAGGUAGGCGGAGCGCCCCUCCUCUCAACCUGACUGGGCUUCCAGGGACAGAGAAACUCAACGAGCGGGAGAAAGAGUUAUGCCAGGUUGUGCGGCUGGUGCCGGGGGCCUACCUGGAAUAUAAGCAGGCCUUGCUAAAUGAGUGCAGACGGCAGGGAGGGCUGCGGCUGGCACAGGCCCGAGCGCUGAUCAAGAUCGACGUCAACAAGACACGCAAAAUCUAUGAUUUCCUAAUUAAGGAGGGCUACAUCACGAAGGCCUAGGAGCGUUUGAUUUGACCACAGCGGAGAUUGGAUUUUGGUUAGAGGUUCAUUUUUUUUCUUUCUAAUCUUGUAACAUUGUAAGCUUGUGUUUUGUUGCUGCUGCUUUUGCAAUUUUCUAACGAGGUCUUUUUGUGUUUUUGAGUCUAUAAUGUAUUAAAAUGGCAAUGUCUUUGUAUAAUUCUCUGUCAGAAGAACAGCGUCUCAUAUUAAAAUGAGGAUGUAUUUAUUUCUCCUGUCAUAACAUUUUAUGAAAAAACAAUGUAAAGUGCAUGUUGAUAUUUUAUCUUUAUUUAUCAGCCUUACUUGGACUGAAAUGUCUGGGAACCCUUUAGUUCACCAGUCAUGUAUUUGACCUAAAAUUAACUUAGAUUUGUAGAUAUGUAACUGUAAAUUCAAAGCACAUUUUGUGGAAAGUGUAAUUUUGCACUAAUUAAAUGGGAAAAGAAGA